UUUGUGUCCAGGGUAGAGAAGGGAUCGGGGGGGGGGGAGACUGACAUCUUCAUCCCGGACUCGGGUGCCUGCCUCUCCGGCCAGACGGCCAUGGGAGCGGAGAGCAGUGCGGCGAGGAGCUGCCGCCUGGAAGGGCCGCCGCUGACUUUGCCCGGUGGUCUCAGCGUGUACCGGGCGACGCUGGACGAAGAGCAGCUGGCAUCCGUGUUCGUGUAUCAGCGGGGCAACGAGGACGCCGUCAACAAGGCCGCCAAGCACCUGAAAACAUUGCGCCACCCGUGCCUACUGAGGUUCUUAUCGAGCACAGUUGAAGCUGAUGGAAUCCACCUGGUUACUGAGCGAGUGCAGCCACUGCAUAUGGUCCUGGAGGAUGUCUCAGCAGAUGAAAUUUGUGCUGGAAUUUUUGACAUUCUCCAAGCACUUAUCUUCCUGCAUGACAGGGGGAAACUGAGCCACAAUAACGUAUGUAUUUCAUCUGUGUUUGUAAGCGAGGAUGGUCACUGGAAGCUGGGAGGAAUGGAGACAAUGUGUCAUUUCUCUCAAGCAUCAUCUGAGUUCCUGUCCAGUAUCUCGUCAUUGAGAGAUUUGAGUGGAAUUGCUCCAGAGGAACAGUCCUCAGGUUUUCAGAUUCUUCCUGAAUCACAUGGACAUGCACGAGAUGCUUACUCAUUUGGGAUGAUGGUUGCAAAACUCCUACCCUUGCUUAAUGAUGUGGUUGCAGAACAUAUACUAGAAAAAUUCCAGGAAACUUUAACUGCCACUCUUCUUAACCCAGACCCUAUGCAACGGCUAUCUUUACAUAGCUUAUUAACUCAUGAAUUUUUCAGGAACGAGUUCUUGGAAAUUGUAAAUUUCUUACAAAGUUUGACAUUAAAAACUGAAGAAGAAAAGAAUGAGUUUUUCAAAUUUCUGUUGGAUCGAGUCCAGGCCUUGCCUGAAAGUCUUAUGGCCUCUCGCCUAGUGCCACAAUUGCUAACUCCACUGGUGUUUGCAGAACCAGUGGCGAUCAAAAGCUUUCUUCCUCACCUCCUCAGGCCAAAGACAGAUGCAUCUGGUGAUGAAUUCAAUUGCCUCCUGUCACCCAAUGCCUUUCGAGAGCAUGUGAUCCCUAUUCUGUUGAAACUCUAUAGCGUGCGGGAGGAGCAUGUACGGAUGGUGCUCUUGGCUCACCUAGACACUUAUGCAGAUCUUUUCUCGCUAGAAGACCUACAAGAAAUCAUUCUUCCACAGAUAUUGCUAGGACUAAGAGAUACCAGCAACACUCUGGUAUCAGGAACACUUUCCAGCCUUGCAGUAUUGGUGCCACUUCUUGGAGCUGAGGUGGUAGUUGGAGGUGAAAGAGCAAAGAUCUUCAAACGUGCCACACCCAACUUCAAAUCAACUGAGAUAACCCCUGAAGGUUCCCCUGCACAUGCCAUCAUCAACAGUAAUGAGCAUCUCAGUUCUCUGGCUUUAAACAAUUCUUUCAAACUGUUUUCAAAGAAGUCUGAACCUGAGAAGAAGCCCACAAGUGGGAGGGAGAAAGUCCGAACAAACCUCACUCAAAAUUCCCAGCCUGCAAGGUUUCAGAUAUUGACAAAACGAGCCCAGUAUAAAGAGCAAACAGCCAUAAUGCCCAUGAAUGGUAUUCAUGGGAAUGAAAUUUUGGGUGUUGACAACGCACAAAGCUCAAUGCAGAACCACACAUGUGCAGAAGAUUGGCCAGACUGGAGCAAGUCAGAUAACAAUGAAAUUCUGCUUGAGCCUAAAAAAGAUUGCAUCCUUGCAGGAAACAAUUUUGGGAAUAUUACAGUUGAUGAGGAACCAUGGGAUGACUUUGAAGCUGCUGAAAAUGAUCAAUCUAAUGCAACAACACAAGAACAGGCAGUUAAACCACAUGUAUCUAAUUUAUCUUCUUUUGGGAAUAAGUCCCAGUCUAAGGGCAUGAAACUUUCUUUAGCACUGAAAACUCAUUCGGAAAUGCCUUGUGAGAGUUGGAAGAAUAAUAACAAACAGCAGAAAGUGUCGGUAGAGGAAAAGAGAAAAACAAAUUCUAUUGCACAGAUAUCCUCCAGGCAGAGGACCACGAUAAAGAAAACAUCUUUGAACGAUGAACUAGGAGAGGAAUUCACCAUUAGUGUCAAGAAAAGGCCAGAGAGGGACCCUGAACUAGAUCUAUUUGCUGGUAUGAUACCAGACAUUAAACUCGCUUCCACUGGCUUGUUAGUGCCAACACAGGGAACAGAAUCAGCUGAUUCUGCCAAAGAAACUGAAGUAACUUCAAGGGGCACAGAAAAGAUGUUGACUGGAAGAGACAAUUCACAAACUUUAGCACUUGCAUCAAAGUUUGCUGCAACAGACACUGAGAUGGAAACCGAAGGCUGGGAUGAUGAUCUGAACUGGGAGGACAAUACGUGGUAGAAUAAACAUAUCCUAACCGAAGAUUUUAUUUAGAUACUCACCCUUCCCCUAUCCUAAUAUCUUUUGACCGCACCUUUAAGACCAUUGCCAAUCACUAGGCUUUUGUUCUGUGCAGUAAACAUCCAGUGUAGCUGGCUGGAAUAGAGAGUGGAAUCUGAAGUACCCAGAGAGCAAUGAGGAACUACCCAGCAACAUCAGCUAUUUGCUUGUUAGUGUUUACUGUAAGUUAUUUUAGAGAUGUUUACAAGUACCUGAAAUGAUUUAUUUAGAUAUUGACUCUUGUGAAGAUGUUUUAUUUAAAUAUUAUAAUGGGAGGGGGGAAGAAAAAUGUACUGACGAUUUCUUUCUGGCCUAUAUUUCCAUCUGUGGAAAGUUCUAAUCAAUUGAUCCAAUGGGGAAAAAAAUUGUCCAGUUCUGAUUUGUGUGAAGUAAUGAGAAUUACGAUUUAUUCUCGUGCAUUUACAUUUCAUCAUAAAUAUAGCCCAAAGCUGGGGCCCAUCUCACUUGGCAUGGGGAAUAAAAGGAGAGAAAUUCCCUGGAGGAGUUCAUCUCAUUCAGAAGUCAGAUUCAUUAGAGUUGGUGUGAAGACGAAGCCACUAAUGCUUGAUACCAAAUUUGGAGGUCUGUGAAAAAUCCAUUGUCUUUCAAACAGCCUUAAACCAACUUGGAGCAAAAUCUUGCGUUAGGAACUCUAAAAACCUUACUGAAAGUAUUUGAAAUGUACUUCCUGUAAAAUGAGUGUUUUAAGUAGCAACGCAAGUAAAAGCUCAUGGUACAGAAGGGAAAUUCAAAAGUUGGAAGAAAAAGAUCAAUUUUCAAACCUGGUGUUGCAGCAGGGCCAAAACUUCCCCCAGCAAACAUCAGUAACAUAACACUGAAAUCUUGUGGUAAUGUGAUCCACAGUCAAAAUAAUAAGUAUAAAAGCACAUGUCCUUCUGGGCAUCAGAACACUGCCAGAUAACCAGAUAGCCAGAUAAAAUUUUAAAAUGUUUACUACAGGCCCAUUACAUGCUCAAAUGCCAAAUAGAAAACCUAAAUCAAGGGCUUGACCUAUUUCCCACUUUUCAUAAUUGAGAAACAUUGGAGAUCUUAAUUACACUUUGUUUUAUAAUUGCAGUUAUUUAAUUUUGUUGAUUUACAUUGAGCUAAUAAAUUGUUCUAAAUGAAGAUUUUUGGGUGCAUUUUCUGAAUAUGGAUGUUGAAAGGACAAAUUGAUCACUGAAGUUGAGGUUAAAAAUUAGCUUUCCUGUGGAAAUGCCUGCAUAUUGGAAAGAUUUUUUUCAGCAGCUACACAAGCCUGCUUUUACAGAAGUUUGACCCAGCCACCUUCACUAUAUGAUUGCUGGACUUUGGAAUCUUGUACUUGGGCCUAAGAGAUGGGCAUUGAAGUAUUCUGGUAAUGGCGUCAUAGCCAAAUUUAAUGAAAUAAGGUAAAACAUUGGUCUUUCAUUUCCAGUAUUGUGGUAUAACUCUAGAUUGUACUAGGUUGAAACUUCUUGAGAGGUGGAUAUCAAAUGAAUGUGAGUGGACUUAAACUGGAAACUGCUCCAAUUUCAACAGUGAUUAUCUGAUUAUAGGCAAAAGGAUGUUUGCUAGUAAGAAACUAAGUGAUAAUGACAGUUAAAGUAUGGAGUGAAAUGAUCUGCCUCUAUCAUACUAUGUACUUAAAAAUUAGAAUCAUUCUAUUCGUUAAUGUCGGGUUGUAGACAAAAUUCUGAUUUCCAGAAAACCAAAGAGUGCUUUUACUAUUCCUUUAAUAUGGGGAAAUACUGAAUAAAGGCCUUGCUUUGAGUUCAAGGAGUUAAAAAGGA